CAGGGAACUUAGCAAAACGGCAGCCGCUCUGCCGCUUGCUGGAGCUUGGAACACAGAGCUGUAGGGGGCCAUGUGACACCAUUCUGGACCCCUGGACACGCACAGGACUGGGAGGCCUCAGCAGCCAAGGAACAUGGCAAGUCCUGAGCAUCCUGGAAGCCCUGGCUGGACAGGACCCAUAACCUGCUGCCCAGCAAGGACCAAGCAGGAAAUGCCAGCCUCCGGCUCAGACCUCCCAUGUCCAGGACCUGAAGGACACUUAGAUGCCCACAGCAGCCUGAGUCCCAACUCCAGCAUGACCACGCGGGAGCUGCAAGAAUACUGGCAGAAGGAGAAGUGUCACUGGAAACAUGUCAAACUGCUCUUCGAGAUCGCUUCGGCCCGCAUCGAGGAUAGAAAAAUCUCCAAGUUUGUGAUGUACCAAAUCGUCGUCAUCCAGACGGGGAGUUUUGACAGUAACAAAGCUAUCCUGGAACGGCGCUAUUCCGACUUCGAGAAGCUCCAGAAAAGCCUCCUGAAGACGUUCAGGGAGGAGAUCGAAGACGUGGUCUUCCCCCGGAAGCACCUGACCGGGAACUUCACGGAGGAGAUGAUCCGCGAGCGCAAGCUGGCCUUCGGGGAGUACCUGCGCCUGCUCUACGCCAUCCGCUGCGUGCGCCGCUCGCGCGAGUUCAUCGACUUCCUCACGCGGCCCGAGCUCCGGGAGGCCUUCGGCUGCCUGCGCGCCGGCCAGUACGCCAAGGCCCUGGACACCCUGCUGCGCGUGGUGCCCCUGCAGGAGAAGCUGACCGCGCACUGCCCCACCGCCGUGGUCCCGACCCUCUGCGCCAUGCUGGUGUGCCACCGCGACCACGAGUGCCCUGCCGCCGCCUUCGCCGCCGGCGAGAGGGCGCUGCAGUGCCUGCAGGCCCGGGAGGGCCAUCGCUACUACGCACCCCUGCUGGACGCCAUGAUCCGCCUGGCCUACGCGCUGGGCAAGGACUUCGUGUCGCUGCAGCGGAGACUGGAGGAGAGCCAGCUGCGGAAGCCCAGCCCCCGGGGUUUCACCCUGAAGGAACUCACGGUCCGGGAAUACCUACACUGAGCCAGCCACUUGGUACCUUCCUAGGAAAGCUGGAGAUGUGGGGUUAC